GACAACUGUUGCGGCGGCGCGCGUGGGCAGCCCCGCGCCCCUGCAGGCGGCUCCCGCGGGCGCCGGCUCCCGGCUGCAUAGCGAGGAGAGACCGGCGCGAGCACGAGGCAGCGCCGGACGGGUCAAUGCCAGCCGGAUGAUGACCAGUUGUGGCCAGCGGUCCCGGAACGUGCUCGCAGUAUUCUCCCUGUUGUUUCCUGCAGUCCUGUCUGCACAUUUCCGGGUCUGUGAGCCUUACACGGACCACAAAGGCCGCUACCACUUUGGCUUCCACUGCCCCCGGCUCUCGGACAACAAAACCUUCAUCCUUUGCUGUCACCAUAACAACACGGUCUUCAAAUACUGCUGCAACGAGACGGAGUUCCAGGCGGUCAUGCAGGCAAACCUCACGGCCGGCCCCGAGGGCUACAUGCACAACAACUACACGGCCCUGCUGGGUGUGUGGAUCUACGGCUUCUUUGUGCUCACGCUGCUCGUCCUGGAUUUGCUCUAUUAUUCUGCCAUGAACUACGAUAUUUGCAAGGUUUACCUGACGAGGUGGGGGAUCCAGGGACGGUGGAUGAAACAGGACCCCCGGCGGUGGGGGAACCCUGCUCGAGCCCCUCGGCCAGGACAGCCGGCCCCACAGCCGCAGCCUCCCCCUGGUGCCCUACCACAAGCCCCCCAGGCUGUGCACACUCUGCGGGGAGACACACACAGCCCACCCCUGAUGACCUUCCAGAGUUCAUCUGCCUGAAAACCCUUUUGCUGUGCCUCAGGAUGGAGGAGGCUAGACCCAGAGCACCUGGUGCAGCCUCCAAGAGCAGCUUCAACCAAGACACCAGGGAGAGCUGGGGCAGUGGCGUGGUAACAAAAGAGGAAAUACCACCUGUGCCCAGAACCCCCUUCCGUGAACUUCUGAGACUAGGAGCAAACUCAGGGUCCGGGGACAGGGUGCAAGAACGGGGCUCUGAGCCACCUGUCUGCAAGCAAUAGUUCUCUCUGGGGCCGGUGACUUCUGAGAAGAGACUCGGUGUGGACUGAGGUGACCAACACUAAGCUACCCUGGUUAAUCCCGGCCAGAGGGAUUUGGGGCCGUGAGUUGUACCGUGGUCCAAACACUGAUGUUUCCCCUGCCUUCACCCCCCUCCAAUAGCGGCCCCCUUAGGCCUAUCCAUGUCGGAAUAUUGAACUUGAGUGUGUGCGCACACGUGUGUGAUCAGGGUGUUUCUAUAUGUUCAGUCAGUUAGGUUUUCAUUGGGCUCCAUUGCCACUGGCCGCAGGUUCUCCGGUGAGCACAAGUUGCCGUGUGGCUGAGGAGUCUUGCCCGUGUCCUUGUCUGAGGCUCAGGCCUCUUGCUGUGGCCAGCAACUGUGAGCCGGGUGGAGUCGGUAGGCACAGAGUCCAGCCUUCCUGGCCCACAAGCAGUGGGGACUGGAACAUACCUGUGACAGCUGAGGCUGGUGGAAUCAGAUCCCCUGGCAGCAGUAAGAGGAAGCAUCUUAACUGGCUUUGGGCAGCCCAGGCUGGAUGUGUGGUGUGAACCGUCACAGCCCUUGGGAGGUGGGGGUGCUAAUGUCAUUGGAAACAGUGCAGCUUGGGGGAGGGUGCCACAUUUAUAUGGUGGAAAGAGAUCAGCUCCACAGUUUGGCCCCAAGGUGACAGGAACCCGAGUCCAGGUUUUGAUUCCCAGGGUGUAACAGGCUCCAUAACCCAGGUGCCCCAGUGUGGUCAGUGGGGCAUGUACCAGACAUUUUCCCAGUGAGGGCAACACCUUCUCAGCCCAGGUCCUCCACUGUCAUUGCCUGAGCCUCACCCACAAGCUGGCACUAGCUACAUGCCUGCUAUGCACCAGGCCAGGCAGGGAGAAGGUCCAGAGGGUGAGUGGGGGCUGCGCUUUGCCCUGGGGUACCACACCUUGAAGGGAGGAAACCACACAGCCUCAUUGAUGGGUCCUAUGGAAAUCCAGAGCAGAGGGUUCUAUGAAUCUAUCCACUUAAAAUGGGGGAGGGGGGUGCAAGUAAGCCUGGGUCCUCAUAGCAUCUGCCCAAAGAGCUCAUCAUCCCUGCCCCAAAUCCCACUGCCCUGGGGCACACAACCCCCAGAAGGGACCCUGUAAAUCUCCAGAGGCCACAUUGCCAAUGUAGACACGGCCAUCUUGCCCCUACGAAGGAGGCCAAAAUGUCCCCGCCCUGUGGCCAAUUCUUCCUGAAGCUGCAUCCUCGCUUGAUCAGUGCUGUCCCCGCAUGGGUUGGUGACCUUCCCUCCCCUACACCGUGGAGAACAAUAAACAAGGGGCAGCGAGGAAGGGAGAGCCAGCAUGGAGGUGCCCGUGAAGACCACAGAGCUAUUUCAUGGAGGCCAAGUGGGGCUUGGGUGGUUAGAGAUGGUUAAGCCAGGGUCUAAACGGGGUCUGCAUAAGAGGAGUGUGCCCAGGCAAGUGGCCGCCAAUCCGAAAGCCACAAGAGUCUCCUGCCUGUCAGGUUCCUAGGGGUAAACAAUCCAGGAUGGCCAGGAGCGGCAGAGGUGAAGGGAUGGGUCCACAUGCGGGUCUCUGUGCUCGCCCUAGUGGUUUACACACGCGAUGCUUCAUCAUUGAUAGCGCCGAGCCGUGUUCUAGGACAUUAAGUUCUUUCCAUCUGGCAGGCUCUGUAUUCUUCAGCCCACACAAGGGAGGGAUAGCUCCAUCUGUAGGCAUGAAAGGUGUCACUCUGAUGGCUCUAGAGGCCUAUUGGGCCUACUAGCCUGUCUCUGCCCCCAGCCCAUUUCUCUCAGAUGCUGUGUUCCUCACACAUCCUAGAGAGCCUAUGUUUGGAUCUUGAUUAAAAAUGGGCGUGGUUCCUCUCCCACAUCCUGGGGUGUGGGGCAGCCAUCACCCUGGAGGGUUCUUAGCAGUGGACUGGCUGGAUCAGGUCACACUUAAAGCCCCUAGGGAGAGCCUCUACUGGGAAAAAAAAAUCCUGGGGCUCAUAAGAUAAAUAUUCUGACAGCACACGAGCAGAGUGAUCACAGGCCCUCCUGCCUCAGUUUCCCCAGUCCUGAGAGGAAGGAGUUAUAGCAGAUGUUGAGGUAAUUUCUGGUUUGGGGUGGUUCUGGGUGACACUCCUGCAGCUGCUUGCACAGGGCUCAGAGCUACUUCCUCUGUGACGCCUCCUUCCUCAGACUCAGGGUACUGGGUGGGUGUGGGGGUCCCCAUCAGAGGCCUGUUAGGGAAUAGCUAAAGGUCCCCACGAGGCUUCUGGUUGGCAUCUGCUAGGAUGAAUCUCUCAUGUAUGUGUCUGAGGCUAAGAAUCUAGACAGCGUCCAGGACACAGAAGUACCCCUCAUCCCCAGAGGACAGCAUAGCCUUUGACUCAACAGGCCCUGGGGACCCUGAUCCCUCCCAGCUGGUUGACACUGGUUUACUCACCACCCAACCUCUCUGAGCCUCCUCUCUUCAGCGGGCAAACGGGUUAGAGGUCAGGGUCUUACCCAAUGCUGGCUCCAGAGCUACCGGAAGCAAGAGUUGUGUCCAUGUGGGUGUGAGCACCUGGGGGGGGGGUUUCCAGGACCCCAGAUGGCCAUGAUGAAAAUCUGUCCCCUGUCCGUGGUGUCUGUGAGUGACAGAUGUGCCAAUUAAUGGCAUGAGCUAAGAGGACACAAUGUAGAGACAAGGUCCCGUUUGAGCUGUGUCUCUGCCAAUCUUCCCACUGCUGUCUCCUCUAGCCACGUCUGUCUUCUUCCCAUGAGCCUCGGGCUGCAGUACACAGCGGCAGCAACAAGUAGCCACAGGAAGCAGAGAAGCUGCAGACACUGUGUGCCCACGGAGGAGUACAGAAUGUUCUCGUGUCUGUCUGACUUUUUCCCAGUGGGAACUGUAUGUCCCUCGUGAUCAGUGCCACACCCUGUCAUCUGUGUGCUCUGGUGCCUCCUCCCUGGUUGGCUGUACUCACCAAGGAAAUGGCUUGUGGGAGUGGCCAAGCAUCUGAAGGUGACUGUAACCAGUGUGCAACAGGCUUUAA